AUGGCAGGAAUCAACCUCACACACUCUGUCCCUUCAACAUUCAUCCUAACAGGCAUCCCUGGCCUGGAAGCUGAGCACCUCUGGAUGUCCAUCCCUUUGUCUACAUUCUACAUUAUUGGAAUGUUGGGAAAUUUCACAAUUCUCUUUGUCAUAGGCAAAGACCAGACCCUGCACAAGCCAAUGUACCUGCUGCUCUGCAUGCUGGCGCUCACAGACAUUGGCACGACUACCUCCAUCAUGCCGAAGGCACUGUUUAUAUUUUGGUUUAAUUUAAAAGUUAUUACUGUGGGUGGCUGUCUCACCCAAAUGUUCUUCCUUCAUGCGGUUUCUGCUCUGCACUCAGCCAUACUCAUGGCUAUGGCCUUUGAUCGCUACGUUGCCAUAUGUCACCCUCUGAGAUAUGCCACCAUCCUCACCAAUGCACGCAUAGCUAUGUUAGGGCUGAUGGGUUUGAUAAGAGCUGUUCUCAUAGUACUUCCCCUGCCCUUGCUUUUAAGCAGGCAGCCAUUCUGUGCCAACCGCAUUAUCCCCCACACGCACUGUGAGCACAUAGCUGUGGUGAAGAUGUCAUGUGCGGACACCACUGUAAACAGGACGUAUGGCUUGAUGAUGGCUUCUUUAGUCAUGGGGUCAGACCUGAUGCUCAUUGCUGUGUCCUACAGUCUGAUCACCAGGGCCCUCCUAAGAAUCUCCUCCAAGAAAGCCCAUCAGAAAGCCCUUAACACCUGCACAGCCCACAUCUGUGUGAUGCUGACGUCUUAUAUAUCCGUCCUCUUCACCACUCUGACACAUCGCUUCGGUCAGGUCAUCCCUCCCCAUGUUCACAUCAUCUUGGCUGACCUCUUCUUCCUUGUCCCUCCCAUGCUCAACCCUAUCAUUUAUGGGGUCAAAACCAAAGAGCUUCGUGACAAAGUGGGCAAAUACACCUCUAGAAGGUGA